UUUUUGGCUUUUUCUAGUUCUCUGUCCACUCGCUGGAGGGAGUCCUGGUCGCUCCCGCUAGGAACAGAAGCGCGAGGGCUGCGGGUGUUACUCUAAAAGCCACCCUCGCGUUCCAUGUCGGAAGCUGCAACUCCAGUAGUGGAAGAGGCACCACGUCCCACUCGCUAUGUCCGCCAACAGUAUGUCGGACCCACGGCGGCCGAACAAAGUGUUCAGGUACAAGCCCCCGCCGAGCGAGUGUAACCCGGCCCUGGACGACCCGACGCCGGACUACAUGAACCUGCUGGGCAUGAUCUUCAGCAUGUGCGGCCUCAUGCUCAAGCUGAAGUGGUGCGCUUGGGUCGCCGUUUAUUGCUCCUUCAUCAGCUUCGCCAACUCCCGGAGCUCUGAGGACACUAAACAGAUGAUGAGUAGUUUCAUGCUGUCCAUCUCUGCAGUGGUGAUGUCAUAUCUGCAGAACCCUCAGCCCAUGACGCCCCCCUGGUGAUGUCAGCCUAGAGGAGUUACAUCUUAAACCCCUCUGUCCACCGUUCUCCAGGCCUGGGCCUUGGCUGUUCAGCAUAUUGCACUCAGCUCCUGUCCUGGGCUUCCCUGGGUGAAGGAGUCUCAGGACCUCAUUUCGUGGAUGAAGGGAACCUGGUCCUUUCCCUGGGAUCCCACUCCUGCUGGGCCGGAGAGGGGCAUAUCCAGGCCUACCCCUCCUGCCUUCCCUCCCCACCCUGCCUGCUGCUGGGGGAGAUGCCGUCCAUGUUUCUAGGUGUAUCCACUCGUUUUCUUGUUGAAAUCAGUUCUUAAUAAAGUUUCGCCUUUUGGCUGUACCCUGGGA